AUGCAUGAUGCGCAGAAGCAUUCGCCGAAGAGACGGCGGCAGCGGCGUUGGUGGGUUCGCCCAGCUCUGCAAGAGCGCGAACAGCUUGGUCACGCCACACAACUGCUACUCCUCCUGCGAAAUCGCGACGUGGAGUACUACAGAGAGUACCUGAGGAUACCUCCACGUUCUUUCGACACGCUCGUGCAGCUCGUUGGACCACACAUUCGGAAGAAAGAUACGAAUUUCCGAAAAGCGAUCAGUCCCGAGCACCGGCUUGCGCAAACUGUCAGAUUCUUGGCUGCAGGGGAAACGCUCCGCUCGUCUUGUUUUAGCUUCCUAAAUGGAUGCUCGACAGCCUGUGGCAUUGUGUCGACGGUGUGCCAGGUGCUCUGGGACGUCCUUGGCCCUUUGUACGUUGCCUGUCCAUCAAGUGCAGAUGAGUGGCUGCGGAUUGCAAGUGAUUUCGAGGAGCGGUGGAACAUGCCCCACUGCGUGGGCGCAAUUGAUGGAAAACAUGUUGCCAUUGAAUGUCCUUCCAAAUCAGGAAGUGAGGACCGGAACCACAAAAACUUUUUGAGUAAAUCUCUGCUUGCCAUCAGCGACGCCUGCUACAGAUUUCUGUACGUAGAAAUAGGUCACCUUGGCAGCGACUCAGAUGGUGGUGUGUUCAGCAGAAGUAGGCUACAAGAGGCCAUUCUUUCCAACAAGCAAGGAUUCCCCCAUGAUGCACCAUUGGGCAACGUUGGCAACGUUCCCUUCUACCUGGUGGGAGAUGAAGCAUUUCCCCUUAAGACAUACAUGAUGCGGCCGUAUCCCAGGAAAAGCAAGUUUAACCUUUUCAUUACUUUGCAUGCUCGGCAGCAUUGUUUUAAUUAUACGUACCUAAAGCUGUUUAUUUUCCUAAUUCACAGAAGAAUGAACAGCUCAGAACACAUUGUGAUUGCAUUGCCCGUCAAACACAUGAAUGAAUAUGUUCACCGACAGUGCUUAUUGAAUGUAGUCCUGCACAACUUCCUGCUCAAGGAGUCCCCCACUUCCCGAUCUGCAUACUGCCCUCCUGGAAUUGCUGACCAUGUAGACUGGCAGGGAAACAUCAGUGAAGGGAGCUGGAGGGCCGAGGACAGCAGCAACAAUGCACUGCCACCUCUGCGUAGCACAGGCUGUCACUCAACCAGAGCUGCCUACAAAAUGCGGGACGACCUUGCCAAGUACUUCGUCACUGACGGCCAGAUCCCUUGGCAAGAGUCCAUGAUCAUGGACAGAACACUGUACAGUGCAAACCGGGCCAUCGACCCCGAAGGUGGGCGCAACCGAGGCUGCCCCGGCCUCCCCGGCCCUUUCCAGCGCUGGCAACAGCCGGCGCAGCCAAAUCCCUCAGGGAGCCCCAUCAACCUCCGGGCAGCCGGGCGCAGGGGUCUUGCUCCCCAAGGCGGGACCCCCGCUGAUAACUUCUCGCUCGCAAGAGCACGUGUCCGGCGCCUCACCAGACGCAAUGGACACUACACCGACUCCCACGGCGCGGCAAGCGCCUAA